AUGUGGACAUCGUUUGGCGUUGCCGUCGUCGAGCUCGUGCUCAGCUACCUCCAGCUCAUGCCGUCGGGCACGCCGGAUUGGGUCUUGCUUGCCGCCCAGUCGUCGCUCCGGUCGCCUGCCGCCCCUACUGUCGCCAGCACCGGAGGCGCCUUGCCCCAAAAUACUGCUGUUGGCAGCGGACCCUUCCACUGGACCUUGUGCCCCGACCACGCUGACGACGCCCGGUACCAGUGCGGCUACCUGACUGUGCCGCUCGACCACUUGGAUCCGACCAACAAUGCGACCCUCGACAUUGCCGUUCAAAAGUACAUUUCGAACGCGACGGUGCCAUUGGGGACGAUCCUCCUCAACCCCGGCGGUCCCGGCGGUCCUGGCACAAGUAUGGCAACGCCUGCCACCGCCAUUAUGACGGGCGGUCAGUACGACGUCCUCGGCUUUGACCCGCGCGGUAUUGGCAAGUCGCGCCCGAUUCAAUGCUCCAAGAACCGCUUCACGGCAGCCAUCGAAGGUGCAGUACUCGACACCGUUGACCUGGACGGCACCUCUGAGUCUGCGAUCGACGCCUACGUCUCCAACUAUGCACUGCCGAUUGCACGUUGCCAGCUCUACGACGGCGACUACCUCCCGUACCUCUCGACGGCGUUUGUCGCUCGGGACAUGGACCUUAUCCGCGCUGCGCUCGGCCAAGACCUCAUGCAUUACUACGGCAUUUCGUAUGGCACGUUCCUUGGGGCGACGUACGUCAGCAUGUUUCCCGACCGCGUCGGCCGCGUCGUGAUCGACUCGGUCUUGGACCCGGAAGUGUACACUGGUCCCGUCACAAAUCUGCUGUUGCGUUCGUAUAAGGACAAUGACGCAUGCUUUACGGCGUUCACCGAACAGUGCGAGGCCGCGGGCCCCCUGCAUUGCCCGCUCGCGGACGCCAACGCGACGCGCCCGUACCUAAUGAAGCGCCUCCAGGCCUUUCUGACAGCAGUUGAGACCAAGCCGCUGCUUGUCAAGGGCGGCGACGACCUUGUGCGCGUGACAGCGACGGAGAUUCGUCAAACCAUCUUUGGCUCUAUGUACACUCCGCAUGAUGCGUGGCCGCCGCUGGCGGCGACCCUCCACGCGAUGCUCAAUGGAACAUACGAGGCUCCCAGCACCAACUCGAGCUGCGCGACUUUGGACGCAGACCGCGAUGUUCACAUGGCCUCGAUCGCGUACAUUGGCAAUGACGGUGCGUCGUCCAAGGGCCUCAACUUGUCUGCGGCCGUCCAGGCAGCGCAGAAGCUCGCACCACUCUCGGGCCUCGUGGGCUUUGUCAACUUGGUGGCUGCGAAAGCAUGGACGACCCGCCCCGUCGAGCGCUUCACGGGGCCAUGGACGCACACGUUGGCCAACAAGGUGCUGGUCUUGACCAACCAAGUGGAUCCCGCAACGCCGAUGGUGGGCGCGCAAAACGUCCACCGGCUCUUGGGGACCGACAACGCGGUGCUCGUGACACGCGAGGGGUAUGGCCACGGCGCGCUCUUCAGUCAGCCUAGCACCUGCGUCCACAAGCUCGUCGCGGCGUACUACUCGAACGGGACGCUGCCGUCGACGACGUUUUGCAAGAUUGACGCGACGCCGUUCGGCCCAUCGUCCCCUCUUUCGGAUGCAAUGCAAGCCAUGAUGACGCUGUCGACGAGCAUCACCAAGCCGACGCGGAUGUACUAACUCGCAUAAAGCGUACGCACCAUUGCGCGCUGGACGCGAUAUGUCGAAUAAUAUCAAGUUGAUACAAUGGACAUGGGAUGCGGGA